GGAUAGACAGGAAUCGACUUAACUUUAUUGUUAUUUUGGGUCGAAGCGCCCUCCUAUCAAUUCGUCAUAAUGCAAAUGAGAGCAAAGCAAGCACGCAAGUAAGCAGGCAAGUUAAAAUUUGACUACCCACUUGCUGGGAGUCCUCCUCCUCGUCGGCCUCUUAUAUUACUCGAGUAUCAAGUUGCGGUUGCUAUUGCUGCUACUGGUAUUGGUAUUGCUAUUGGUAUUGGUAUUGCUAUUGCUACUGCUAUUGCUACUACUGCUACUGCCGCCACCACCAACUCCCUUCUCCUUCUCCUUCUCCUUCUCCACCUCCACCUCCUCCACCACCCGUAAAUAAAAAAAAUCCAAGACUGGCCAACUCGCUACACGCUCGGGGGAAAGGUUUACAUCGAUCUACUUAUCUACACUUUGCUAGCAGUCUAUACUUAUCACGACUGCUACGCCUAUCACCAUACAUCAUAUCAUUCAUACACUCUUACAUCUAUCUAUCCCAUUCACUUCUUCACCUCCUACCGACUAUCUCUUUCCUCUUCCCUCUCACCUCUUCCCUCUCACCCACCACCCACCACCCACCACCCACCACCCACCUCCACUCAAAUCCACUCACAAUCAACUCCACCAACCCAGCUAAUAAAUGCCAAUACCAAAUAUCAAUACCAGUACCCUUUGACCAUCUACCAUCCACACCCAUUUCCAAUCCGAAUCCUCUCCCCUUCUCCAUCAACAAGAGCAGUCAGUCAGUCACUCAGCCCGUCAAUCCGUCAGUCCGUCAGUCCGUCAGUCAGUCCGUCAAUCCGCUGCAGAACAAUUCACCAAUACACACCACCCACCCAAUACACACACCACCCAUUCCACACUAACCCACCAUCUAACCACCACCACCAACCCACAACCGAAUAAUGAACGGAGAUCGGAUAAAGGCGUCUGCAAUUGCUAAAGCGAAAGAAUCUAUAACUAAAAAUUCAAAUGCGCAUGCUAUGAAAAAAAGAAAGAAAGAUUCAUUAAAGCCAAUCAUCACAACCGAGCAAGACUCUGAAUCUUCCAAAAUGGCUUCUGUUCAAGCCCGUGCAGGAUCGGCUUCGGGAACAAAUCGCGAUCCAUCAUCGUCUUCCUCGAGAGAAGACGCUGCGGAGACGACUGCCGACGAGGAAGACUCUGAAGAUUACUGCAAAGGAGGCUAUCACCCCGUCCAAGUGGGUGAAAACUUCAAAGAUGGCAAAUACACCGUGGUUCGAAAGUUAGGAUGGGGCCAUUUCUCAACAGUAUGGCUUUCCAAAGACAACGUCACUCAGAAACAUGUUGCUCUGAAGGUUGUACGAUCGGCAGCGCAUUACACGGAAACCGCCAUAGACGAAAUCAAAUUACUCAAUAAGAUCGUUGGUGCUAAGCCAGAUCAUCCAGGUCGAAAGCAUGUCGUUAGUCUGUUGGAUUCUUUUGAACACAAAGGUCCAAAUGGCACGCAUGUGUGUAUGGUCUUUGAGGUUCUGGGAGAGAAUCUGUUGGGUUUGAUCAAAAGAUGGAACCACCGCGGAAUCCCCAUGCCUCUUGUUAAACAAAUUACAAAACAAGUUUUGUUGGGUCUGGAUUAUCUACAUAGGGAGUGUGGCAUUAUACAUACAGAUUUGAAGCCUGAGAACGUCCUGAUAGAAAUUGGUGAUGUGGAACAGAUCGUCAAAACAUUCGUCAAGGAGGACACGAGCAAGGACAAGGAAGAUAACAGAAAUGGCCGAAGGAGACGGCGAACCCUUAUUACUGGAAGUCAACCUUUACCAAGUCCACUGAAUGCUAGCUUCAACCACGCAGAUUUGAUGAGGUUUCCUGGCAGUAAUCCAGGUUCCCAUGGAAGUAUAAACGAAAUGCUAAACAAUAGUCGUUCUAACAAUUCUUCGCCCCAAAAAGAAAAGGCAGACGAGGAGAACCACGGAACAAGGGAAAAGACUGCCGAUAUUCUUACAGAUAAGGUCUCUGGCAUAUCACUCGACAAAAAUUCGGGCGAGAAGAAAAAGGCAGAAGAUGCAAAUCAAUUCGAUAUAAUAUCAGUCAAAAUUGCCGAUCUGGGAAAUGCUUGCUGGACUGGACAUCACUUUACAAAUGACAUUCAAACAAGGCAAUAUCGAUCACCAGAAGUCAUAUUGGGCUCCAAAUGGGGUGCUUCUACAGAUGUUUGGAGCAUGGCUGCUAUGGUCUUCGAACUUAUCACUGGUGAUUAUCUUUUCGAUCCUCAAUCCGGGACCAAAUAUGGCAAAGAUGAUGAUCACAUUGCUCAAAUAAUCGAACUCCUGGGACCCUUUCCCAAAUCCCUUUGUUUAUCUGGCAAAUGGUCACAAGAAAUUUUUAACCGAAAGGGCGAAUUACGAAAUAUUCACCGAUUACGACAUUGGGCCUUACCAGAUGUGUUGAAAGAAAAAUACCAUUUUAAAGAAGAUGAAGCGAAGAGAAUUGCAGAAUUUUUAACUCCGAUGUUGGAGUUGACACCAGAGAAGAGGGCAAAUGCCGGAGGAAUGGCGGGUGCACCGUGGUUGGAAGACACGGCGGGCAUGAAAGGGGUGAAGAUUGAGGGUUUGGAAGUAGGGAGCAAGGGCGAAGGAAUCGAAGGUUGGGCAUAUGAGGUCAGGAAGAGAUAAGAACUAGCGAUAUUCGAGAAUGAUAGAGUGUAAGGAUUCCUUUCUCAUGAAACUCAGGCGCAGAUGAUUGGGGUGGGUUGGGUGAUGGGUCAUCUGUUGGUGGUCAUCUUAUGGGAUUGGAUUCACGCAAUUAAAGUCUAGGGUGUGGACGGGAUGGGGCGGUGCCAUUUGUCAUGCAUGUAGUAUGGUAUCACGAACCACGACUUUUUUUUUUUUUCACAUAUUGGUAUGAAUGAGUAGUGAGAUAUGAAAUGAGAUGAUGGAGAAUGACGAUGGGAAUGGGAAAGGAUGCUAUGGUAUGUUUGUCUGUAUGGAUGGAUGGAUGGAUGGAUGGAUGGAUGGUGUUGGUUGGGAAAGGGAGAACGAAUGGAUUACUAGGAGGAAUGGAAAAGGAAAUUUAUGUGAAGGAAAUGGUUAUCGUGUCUUGAUACUGUCUCUAGAUACUAUUGAUACGUGAUGAUGAUCGAUCGAUCGGUUUGAGAGUGGAGUGGAGAAUAUCUUAUUGGGUUGUGGUGGGAUAGUUGAUUGGUAGGUAGGUAGUAGGUAUAAGGCAGUAGGUAGAAAAAUAUAUGGGACGAUUUAUAGAUGGUUAUAUAUAUA